GAUAACAGUUUCGGGCAGCGGAACUCUUAGGCAGCCGUCUCUUAUCACACUCGCAGGGUCAGAGGUUAGGCGCUUAUCAGUUGGCGCGGCGUCGGGCGACAGUGGUAAAGCAGUGAUUUCCAUUUCGCGGCCUCCCUGGCCGACAGUUUCAAUCGGAACGCGUAGAAAAGCUUGAGAAUAUUAUGCAGAAAGUACGCUGCUUGUCAUUGCCACAAAAGCUUCUCUACUGCUUAAGCCGAGACGUGAACACAAAAGCCGGUAACUUCGCCGGAGAACAGCUGAUCGGAGCUUUAACUCGCGUCGCUGCCGCCAAAAAUCCAACAUCCACAUUCUCCCCGAUCAGACGAUACUCGUACAGCACGGAAAACACUUCUAGGAAAAUGUCGGAUCAGAAGAUGCUGCAGGCCACAUUGGAGGAGGGUGAUCCCGAGUUGGCGGAUCUCAUUAAGAAGGAGAAGGAGCGUCAGCUGGAAGGACUCGAGAUGAUUGCCAGUGAGAACUUCACAUCCGUGGGUGUCCUGGAGAGUCUGAGCUCCUGUCUGACCAACAAGUACUCGGAGGGUUAUCCGGGAAAGCGGUACUAUGGCGGCAACGAGUUCAUCGACUGCAUCGAACUCUUGGCCCAGAAACGUGGCCGUGAACUCUUCAACCUGCCCGAGGACAAGUGGGGCGUCAAUGUCCAGCCCUACUCCGGUUCUCCGGCCAAUCUGGCUGUCUAUACGGGUGUCUGUCGUCCUCAUGAUCGCAUCAUGGGUUUGGAUCUGCCCGAUGGUGGUCACUUGACCCAUGGCUUCUUCACGCCCACCAAGAAGAUCUCCGCCACGUCGAUCUUCUUCGAGAGCAUGCCCUACAAGGUGAAUCCGGAGACGGGAAUCAUCGAUUAUGAUAAACUGGCCGAGGCGGCCAAGACCUUCCGUCCGCAGAUCAUCAUCGCUGGCAUCUCGUGCUACUCCAGGCUGCUGGACUAUGCCCGUUUCCGGCAGAUUUGCGACGAUGUGGGUGCUUACCUGAUGGCCGAUAUGGCCCAUGUGGCGGGAAUAGUGGCCGCUGGACUGAUCCCAUCGCCCUUCGAAUAUGCCGAUAUUGUGACGACGACGACCCACAAGACGCUGCGCGGUCCCCGGGCCGGAGUCAUCUUCUUCCGCAAGGGCGUACGGAGCACCAAGGCCAACGGCGAUGUGAUCAACUAUGAUCUGGAGGAGCGCAUCAACCAGGCCGUCUUCCCCUCGCUCCAGGGUGGACCGCACAACAACGCCGUCGCCGGCAUUGCCACGGCCUUCAAGCAGGCCAAGUCGCCGGAGUUCAAGGCCUACCAGACGCAGGUCCUCAAGAACGCCAAGACCCUGUGCGAUGGUCUGAUCGCCAAGGGCUAUCAGGUGGCCACCGGUGGCACUGACGUCCAUCUGGUACUGGUUGAUGUCCGCAAGGCGGGAUUAACGGGCGCCAAGGCCGAGUACAUCCUGGAGGAGGUGGGAAUUGCCUGCAACAAGAACACCGUGCCGGGCGAUAAGUCCGCCCUGAAUCCUUCGGGCAUCCGUCUGGGCACUCCUGCCCUCACCACUCGCGGUCUCAUCGAGCAGGACAUCAACCAGGUGGUGACGUUCAUCGAUGCCGCUUUGAAGCUGGGCGCCCAGGCGGCCAAAUCGGCAGCCAGUCCCAAGCUGGCCGACUACCACAAGGUCCUGGCGGAGGACAAGGACAUCUCUGGCAAGGUGGCGGAGCUCCAGAAGGCCGUCAAGAUCUUCAGCAGGAAGUUCCCAUUGCCCGGUCUGAAGACUUUCUAAAACGAAUCCCCAAUCGAUUAUCCCUCACAUCAAUAUCACUUUUUUUUUAAAGCUAUUUAAGCUGAAAUAUGUGUAUCGCUGCGAUACAUUGCAAUUAUUAAGUCAUUUUAAGUCAUUAAAUGCAUUUUGAUUUCAUACCAACAUCAUAA